AUGGCGGCGAACUUCAGCUCUGCAGAAAACAUCUGUGAGGGAGAGAACUGUCAGUCAAUCACAGAUGUGAGGUACUACGUGAAGGAGAAGAAGAAGCUCUGCGAUGACUGCGCCUCCAAAGAGGAAUGCAUCGGAAAGGCAGGAAAGGGUAGGCCCAAUCUUUAUUGUGAGAAGCAUGAUGGUGAAGAAAUCAAGCUUUAUUGUAAAACACAUAAUGUAGCAGUGUGUCAAUUAUGCGCAAUGAUAGAUCAUCGUGACAUGUCUUGCGUACGGCAGGAAAUAGAGGGCGCCAUCGUGGAUAGUAGAGCAAAACUAGAUAUUCUGAAAGAAAAGGCAAAGGACAAAUUGGAGCUUUGUCGAGUUAUUGGAGAUCAGAUCCAUCAGUGUAGGAAAGAUACCGACACCCAUCUACAAACUUUGAAAGAUGAAGUUGAUUCGGUAAUCAAUGAGGCAAUCCAAACAGACAAGGACACAGAGAAGGAGGACGCUGCAAAAAUCAACCAGGAGAUUAAUGAGAAGAAUCAAAAACUUCAAGAUGAGAUUAAACAAAUCAAUGAAAAGAUGCAAAAGAACGAUGAGGAGAGAGAGAAGCGACUUGAACUAAACCAUACAGAUGCAGAGAAAAGACGAGAACUCAUCGACAACAAACAGUAUGUUCUGCAAACAGACAUUCAAAACAUCGCUAAAGAGAAAGAGAGAAAGAUUGGACAGUUGGAGAAAUCUUGGCAAGAUAACACAAAAACCACAGAGACCACAAUUCAGACACUUGAUACAGUACUCAAAGAUGAUUCAAAUGUCGUCAAAGAUGGGCAUCAUGUAAAGACAUCAGUGAGUGAUGAAUUAAAGAAGCCACUGAAUGAGGGUGAGGUGAAACAAAUUACUGAUACCAUAUCGGGUGUAAGGUUUGUGAAGGGUGCUGGGAGAGAGAAGUAUGAUGGGAGGAUUGAUGGGUAUGAUGGGGAGUGGAAGCUCAUUGAUUUAAUCAAUGUCAGUGAUAAAAUCACAGUCCCAGCCUUUGUAGGAUACAUAGAUGAAUGCAAUGUGAUCAUUAGAGAUACCUUAAAUGGUAGCCGACAUACUUACAUGUUAGAUAUGAACACUAAAGACAGUCAUAGAGUGAUGACCGGUAGUGAUGCAUCACGGGUUAUCUCCUGCGCAUUGCUGAAUGAUGACAAGGUAGUAUGCGGUAAAUACAGUAAAGGGUGUACAGGGGACAGUUUGACUGGAUGCAUCAGUGUGUAUGACAGACAAUGGGAGCGCAUCAAUGACGUCACAAUACCAAGAAAUACAACGGCUGACGGCGCAGCGGCGGAUGUAGCUGUUGACCAGGAUGGGAUGAUCAUCGCUGGCGGCUGGUGA